AUGUCGGAAGAAUUGGAGAAAUCUGUGUCGCCGAAGAAAGAUUCUCUGAUCGAGAAGAUCGUUGAGAAGAUUCACGAUCAUGAUUCUUCGUCGUCGUCGGAUUCCGAGCACGAGAAACGGGAAUCUCCGUCGGCUUUGAAAGCGAAGAUUUAUCGUUUGUUUGGUAGAGAGAAACCUGUUCAUAAGGUUCUCGGUGGUGGAUUGCCUGCUGAUGUGUUCUUGUGGAGGGACAAAAAACUCUCAGCCGCUGUUCUUGGCGUCGCGACUGCCGUAUGGGUGCUGUUCGAAUUGUUUGAGUAUCAUUUCUUGAGUCUUGUGUGUCACAUUUUGAUAUUCGCACUCGCAGCCUUGUUUUUAUGGUCUAGUGCUCAUGCCUUUAUGAACAAGACUCCACCUAAAAUUCCUGAAAUCCAUAUUAAAGAGGAACAUUUCCUUUUGAUUGCUUCUGCACUGAGAAACGAGCUGAACCAGGCUUUCGUUAUCCUAAGGAGCAUUGCCUUAGGAAGAGACUUGAAGAAAUUUCUGAUGGUGGUUGUUGGGCUGUGGAUAAUCUCGGUUGUGGGAAACUGGUUCAACUUCUUGACUCUUGUAUACAUCUGUUUUGUGGUAUUGCAUACAGUACCGAUGCUAUAUGAGAAACAUGAGGACAAGGUAGAUCCAAUGGCAGAGAAGACAUUGAAGGAGCUGCAGAAACAUUACAUAGUGUUAAAUGAGAAAGUUCUUUCUAAGAUUCCAGUUGCUUCCCUCAAGGCAAAGUUGGGUUAG